UCCAUGGCAAUCCGACAUGGCGCCUGGGAGCCAACCAAUCCUUUCGUCCACUCCUCUGCAGGUCCUCCUCUACCUGAAUAGCUGGUACUUUGCUGCCUUCUGCCUGGCAGAGAUCCUGAUAUUCAUCUAUAAAGGGAUUUUACUCCCGUACCCGUCAGAUAAUCUGGUUCUGGAUGUGGUGCUGCUGCUGCUCUUCCUCGGUCUGGAGGCUCUCAGGAUCUUUUAUGGCUGGAAGGGGAACCUGUGCGAGCGCUCUCUGGCGUCGUGUGUGUCGCUCUUCAUCCUGUUUCCCUGUGCAGCGCUGGCCGUGUACUACCUGCUGCUGCAGACCUUCGUCCUGCGGCUGGAGGUCAUCCUCAGCGCCGUCCUGCUCUGCUUCUAUAGCCUCGAGUUCCUGCUCGGGCUCCUCUCCAUAUCAGCCUUCUCAAGGUCCAAAGUGUACUGAAGCAGGAACAUCUGCAGCUUCACCUGAAACAGAGGAAAACGUAGAUUUUUUAUCUUGUAAAUAAAACAUUGUUUAUUUUCAUACUAAAAAGUAAAUCUGUUUGAUA